GCUGAGUGAACUAAAGAUGGGGGAGCAAGGUGGUUGGCUGGAGGAUGACAGAGGAGACUGGGCGGCCAUCUUGGAUUCCCAGACCCAGACAGGUGCAGCCAAGGGCCCGCGGGACAACAUAGUGGAGUCUGCAGUCCAUGAGGACCUGCUGAUAUCCAGUGUUGCUGGCGGGAGAGACUGGACCUCUGAAGCGGCGGGUCACAAAACCUGGCCCCUGAUCAGGAUCCUGGAUCAGGAGCCGUCGCUGUUCCUUCCCGAGUCAGAACCGGACCGCGAGGGACAGAGACUCCACCACCACACAGAACACAACCAGUGGACAGGGGGACUGAACAACCUCAGUCCUGGUGGUCAUCAGAGAGACAGAGGCUCCAGUCAGGGAUCCAGUCUGCAGCCCAGAACCUUCUCUUCACAGUCUCAGUGCAGGGAUGGAGCAGGGCCUGGGGCUGAUAGAGAUAGACCCUCCUGUUCCUAUGAUACAAACACCACAGUAUCCAUGAUGAACAGAGCAGGUCACCCUGGGCUUCAGCCUUCACAGAGAGUGGUGGGAGAACCCCCUGGUGGUAGUCUGUCUUCUCCUUCAGGGUCUUGUCUAAUGCCUGGUGACUGGGUUCAUAGAAAUCCUGGGCCUGGGUCUAGCCUUCCUCGGUUACCUCAUGGUUACCCCACCAAUACAGACCGGGUCAGGAUGGGCGUUCACCACGACAAGUAUUUAGCCUAUAACACAGCACACAAUCCCAACAACACCCAAACAAUGGCAAGUGGUCAAGGAGGGAGCUCAAAAGCUCCUGCUUCUACCUCCUCUGGUGUCAUUGGGUCACAACGUGGGAGGCCGAAUAUUAGAGCUGACGGCGACAAGCCGUACAGCUGCGCCACAUGUGGGAAGCACUUUACUAGGGCAAACUAUUUGAAGGAGCAUCAGACCGUUCACACCAAGGAGAGGCCUUUCAAGUGCAAACUAUGUUACAAGAGCUUCCCCUUCCGGAGUAACCUUAUCAGACAUAGGAGUGUCCACAAUGGGGAGAAAUCAUAGCAGUGUGGCUUGAGAUGUACACAGGGGAUGUCAGGAAACCAUUCUUUAGCUGACAUAGUUAUAUUGUGAAGUGUCUUGGGGUAAGAGGGUAAUUAACCACAUACCCCUUAUUAACUCUUUGUUAACUUGUCAUUUGAAACAGGCUUGCCUAAAUACCUGUUUUUAUAGAGACCAUAAACCUAGGCUAAAACAAGGACAGUUGAAAAUGUACCUUGCUGAGGUGAUGGAAUAAAGUCGUUCUAUAAUUUUCUACUCUA